AUGGAUCCGUUAUCGGUGCUGAAGGAUUUCACGACUAAAGGCCACCUGGACAAAAUCGAGCGGGUCGGGCUCAAUUACCGAUUCGGGUCGGAGUAUUCGUUUCCCUGCGCGACGGAGACGGCGUACAGAUCGAAAAGCGGCUCUCUCUACACACUCGAAGCCUUAGUCCACUACGUGAAGAAUCAGCACCUGAAACACGGAGAGUACAUGCAAUCCACGUUCAAAAACGCCGUCCCGGCGGUGACUCUACCAGAUCGGAAACCUCUCCUCGAUUACCUCACCGGAAGAGUCGCUUCCUCCGAUUCGAUCGACUACCUCCUCCUCCAGCAGCAGAACGCGCAGAGCCAGAAGCAGAACGAGGAGUACCGACCCGAUCAAGACAACUCCGCCUUCGUCACGCGCGAGAGCGCGAUCGAGGACAUGGAGGUCGACGGAUUCGGCAAAUCCGUCGAGGAUCUGGAUUACAUUAUGCUGAUCCGGUCCAACGAGAGGCCGUUGAAGAGCCGAGACUCGAUCCUCCAGUGCAAGAACAGAGAUUUCUACAGCGUGCUGGUGAAUUCGACGAAGAGGGAAGAGGAAAGACAGAGAAUCGAAUCUCACCAGAGGAAAGACGGAUUAGUCGCUAAAAGCAGGUUAAUGGGAGCUGAAGAGAGAGGCAUUGUAGGGUUUACCGGCGGCGGAGGAGGAGAUGAUUCUGGAUACGACGCAAACCCUAAAUCGAAGCUUCAUUUCAAAGCGGGGAAGAUCGGAGAAGGCGUUCCUAUAAUUCUUGUUCCCAGUGCUUCUCAGACGUUGAUUACUAUAUACAAUGUGAAGGAGUUUCUUGAAGAUGGAGUUUAUAUACCGAACGAUGUUAAAGCUAAGGAGAUGAGAGGGGUUAAGCCUGAUUGUAUUACUGUGCAGAAGAAGUUUAGUAGAGAUCGAGAGAGAGUUGUGACUGCUUAUGAGGUUAGGGACAAGCCUUCUGCUUUGAAGCCUGAUGAUUGGGACCGUGUGGUUGCGGUUUUCGUGUUGGGGAAAGAUUGGCAGUUCAAGGAUUGGCCUUUUAAGGAUCAUGUUGAGAUAUUCAAUAAGAUUAUUGGGUUUUUCUUGAGGUUUGAAGAUGAUAGUAUUGAGUCAGCUAAGACGGUGAAGCAGUGGAAUGUAAAGAUUAUCUCGAUAAGCAAGAACAAGCGGCAUCAAGACCGUGCUGCUGCGUUAGAAGUGUGGGAGAAACUGGAGGAGUUUGUGCGGUCUCGAUCACAUUCUUAG